GAUAUCAUGAUGUCCAAAUCUCUCCCUAGGAAGAACUUAAAAAUCUAGCACAAUUAUCGGCCUGUAAUGCCCCCCAAUUUUGAAACGCUCACUAAAUUUAAAAAUAUCAGGCAACAUAAAAGCAAGCAUUAACUAUAUGAAACAGAAGCCACAUGCGCAUAAUAAUAAUAGUAGUAAAACAAAACAAAACAAAAGUAAAAGCAAAAGCAAAAACAGAAAAAGGCACCUAUGUUGGGGCUUGAAGAUUGGUCUGCAACAAUCCAAUUUUGAUCUUCAAGCCUUCAACUCAGCUAACCAGGUCAAAAACUCAGUACGAUUCAGCCGAGUCACCAACCCAGUCCAAGUCCAGCCACCCAAAUCCAACCACAAGUCUUCCAUAACGUAGUUAAACCCCACCUCUCCUCACCAGAGUCACCACCAUCCAAAACCCAACAUGGAGCAAAACCUUCAAAAGCUGCUCCAUUUUUGGGGCAAAACCCCAGAACAUGAAGAAGACUACUACAAUCUCCAAGGCAUUCGCGCAUCCAAAUCUUUCUACACCUCACCCAGAGGCCUAUCCCUCUUCGCCAGAUCAUGGGUCCCUCUCUCCACCCCUCCACGUGGCAUCAUCUGCAUGGUCCACGGCUACGGCAACGACAUCAGCUGGUCAUUUCAGUCCACCCCUGUCUUCCUCGCCCAAAAUGGUUUCGCCUGCUUCGCCCUCGACCUCGAAGGCCAUGGCCGAUCACAGGGCCUCAAGGCCUUCGUCCCACAUGUCAACCUUGUCGUCGAUGAUUGCACUUCCUUCUUCGCCUCCGUACAGAAAGACCCCCAAUAUCAGGGGCUGCCGUCGUUCCUCUACGGCGAGUCCAUGGGCGGCGCCAUAUGCCUGUUGAUCCAUUUUGCGAACCCUAGCGCCUUCCGCGGCGCAAUUCUCGUCGCCCCCAUGUGUAAAAUUUCCGAUAACGUGAGACCCAGAUGGCCGAUUCCUCAGAUUCUCAUGUUCCUCGCGAGAUUUUUCCCCACUCUGCCCGUAGUUCCCACCACGGAUCUCUUGGACAAGUCCGUGAAGGUUGCGGAGAAGAAGAUCGUCGCCGGGAUGAACCCGAUGAGGUAUCGGGGGAGGCCUAGACUGGGAACUGUGGCGGAGCUUUUGAGGGUUACCGAUUAUUUGAGCUCUCGACUGUGGGACGUGGAGAUUCCGUUCAUCGUGCUCCAUGGGAGUGCAGACACUGUGACGGAUCCAGAAGUGAGCAGGGCUUUGUAUGAGGAGGCGAGGAGCAGAGACAAGAGCAUGAAGAUUUAUGAUGGGAUGAUGCAUUCUCUGCUGUUUGGGGAGACGGAUGAGAAUGUUGAGAUUGUUCGCCGUGAUAUUCUCACGUGGUUGGAGAAUCGAUGCUGAGGAGAGAAUUUAAUCGUGUUCUUGAAUCUUAAAAUUGAAGUUUGCAAUAUGUUUUACAGACUGUAGCAUUGAUUUCCAUUGAUUUUACAGCUUUUUUCGGGUUUCAAAAUGCAGGAGAUGUGUGUCAAUGUAGAUGAAACCCAGAAUUUUUUCACUCAAAAGGAUUGAUUUGCUACUGCAUCAUAAGAUUUUAUGUUCAUUGCAA